AUGUUGUCCUUGUCGCGACGGCAGCUACAUAGUGCAUUUCUAGAGUCGAAUUCAAGGUCAUGGUUCAACCUUGAACGGCGCUGUGCAUCUGCCGUGGCUGCACUCAAACCCAAACCAUCUCUACCGGACGCUGCUGAGGAGUCUGCCAAUGUGCAGGCUGCACUGGCAAAGGCUUUCCAGCUCACAGAAGCCGACCAUAAGCGCCUACGCUUCCAGCGGAAUAUUGGAGUGUCCGCUCACAUCGACUCUGGCAAGACCACCUUGACAGAACGAAUCCUUUACUACACAGGCCGCAUCAGAGAUAUUCACGAGGUGCGAGGACGUGACAAUGUCGGUGCCAAAAUGGAUAGCAUGGAGCUUGAGAGGGAGAAGGGCAUCACCAUUCAAAGCGCGGCAACAUUCUGCGACUGGAGCGCAGUGUCUCCAUUGACAGGGCGGGAGGAAAAGUUUGCAAUCAACAUCAUCGAUACACCAGGGCACGUCGACUUUACGAUCGAGGUUGAGCGGGCUUUGCGUGUUUUGGACGGUGCAGUUUUAGUUCUUUGUGCUGUGUCGGGUGUACAGAGUCAAACCAUUACGGUCGAUCGACAAAUGCGUAGAUACAAUGUUCCUCGGAUUUCAUUUAUCAACAAAAUGGAUCGACCUGGCGCAAAUCCUUGGCGGGUCAUUCAACAAAUUCGGACCAAACUUCGCAUUGCAGCUGCUUCGCUCCAUGUCCCUAUUGGUGUCGAAGAUGGAUUGAACGGCGUCGUCGAUCUUGUCAGGUGGAAGGCUAUCUACAACCGAGGCGAGAAAGGUAUCGACGUUGUGGAAUCGGAUGACAUACCGGAGAGCGUGCUUGAGCUCGCAAAGCAGAAGCGCAUGGAAUUAAUUGAGCAGCUUGCCGAGGUGGACGACGAGAUGGGCGAAAUCUUCCUGAAUGACCAGGAGCCAUCGCAGACUCAACUCGUUGAGGCGAUCCGUCGGACCACAGUCGGACUCAAGUUUUCCCCUGUCUUCCUCGGAUCAGCCAUCAAGAACACUGCGGUUCAGCCUCUUUUAGAUGGCGUUUGCACAUACCUCGCGAACCCUGCCGAGUCUGAGGUGGUGGCUCACGAUACUUCACUCCCGGCCUCUGCACCUCCUGUUGCACUUGUUCCGGCUGCCGCGGCGCCACUCGUUGCUCUUGCUUUCAAGCUUGAGGAAGGUCGCUUUGGUCAGCUCACAUAUAUGCGCGUCUAUCAAGGUACGAUGAAAAAAGGUCAGUUCAUCUUCCAUGGCCGCACUGGCAAGAGGAUCAAGGUGCCUCGUCUUGUACGCAUGCAUAGUAAUGAGAUGGAGGACAUCGACGAGAUCGGGCCUGGUGAAAUUUGUGCCAUAUUUGGUGUUGAGUGCGCUACCGGUGACACUUUCACAGAUGGGACGACAAAUUUCUCCAUGUCAUCAAUGUUCGUUCCCGAACCGGUCAUCUCGCUAGCCAUCAAGCCUACAGGAAUGGAGACACCAAACUUCUCUCGCGCGCUCAAUCGCUUCCAGAAGGAAGACCCAACAUUCAAGGUUCACGUGGAUCAAGAAAGCAAAGAAACUAUCAUCUCUGGUAUGGGGGAGCUGCACCUUGAGAUCUAUGUUGAGCGCAUGAAGCGCGAGUAUAACGUCGCAUGCACCACCGGUCGCCCUCGUGUGGCCUUCCGCGAGACAAUAACUCAGCGCGCUGACUUCUUCUACACACAUAAGAAGCAAACUGGUGGCGCUGGCCAGUAUGCCCGUGUCAUUGGAUAUAUUGAGCCUAUGGAGCCGGAUGCAGAUACAGGUAAGGAUACGCAGUUCGAGAACUUCGUAAUGGGUGGAAAUAUACCUUCAAAUUACAUUCCGGCCGUCGAGAAGGGCUUCUACGAGGCACUGGAGAAAGGCACACUCUCUGGCAACCAAAUUUCCGGUGUUCGUAUGGUGCUGAAGGACGGUGCAUAUCACGUCGUCGACUCUUCGGAACUGGCUUUCCGUCUUGCUACUAUUGGAGCGUUCCGGGAAGCUUUCGCCAAGACACAACCGGUCAUCCUCGAGCCGAUCAUGACUGUUGAGGUUGUCGCUCCAGUUGAGUUCCAGAGCGCUGUCAUUGGGGGAAUCAAUCAACGGCGUGGAACCAUCAUCGACAGUGAAGUCCGCGAGGAUGAAUUCACUGCCAUUGCUGAAGUGGCUUUGAACGACAUGUUUGGCUACUCUAACCAGCUCCGUGGAGCAACACAGGGGAAGGGCGAGUUCAGUAUGGAAUACAAGACCCACUUGCCAGUGCUGCCUAACAUCCAGAAGGAGUUGGAAGAAGCAUACCGCAAGACCUUGCCACAAUCCAAAAAGUAGACGCCUCCUUCCUAGAUGUUAUUCUGUACUUGCUGCUAUUUAUUGUAUUCAAUUUCCUAUGCCUCAAUAGACAUAAUAACACCUC